UUCGUUGCGUACAGUACAAUGUCUAGCCGCGGUUCUCCUUGAGCACGACGUAAUCAUGACGAGCAAAUUGUCACCUUCAUCUACUAUUCUUAUUCUAACCCUUACUACUGGUUGAAGCAACAAGCUUCUAUUCCCUAAACCCGGACAGAAUUCUCUCUGAGGGAUUAGAAUGACAGAAAAAAUCUGCGGCCAUGGAAAACCUGCUGAACAGCAGGACUUGGAGUCGCUCGAUCCGGGUGGAGACCUCAUUCUAUCUAUUGAAGGCCAGACUACUCGACGGUUCCUUGUCUCGUCCAAGGUUCUUACCUUAGCUUCCCCCGUUUUCGCGAAUUUAUUGGGUCCAAAUUUUCGCGAGGGAAGGCAGGUAACAGAAUCUCACUGCCCGACAAUCUGUCUUCAUGAUGAUGAUCCCGUUUGCAUGAAGACUGUGCUUGAGAUUCUCCAUUAUCAGGGUGAUGGAGAGGAUCAAAUGAAUGCAGAGAGACUUGCUUUUAUAGCUGUCCAUUGUGACAAAUAUAUCUGUACUACGGCCCUUUGA